UGUUAUUUCCUGACGCAACGAAGGACCGACUGAUCCGGCCCAACAACCCGGCAUUUCGCUACGUACCAAUUCAAUCGCCUUGACUGAAACACUCAGACUCUUAUAGUCCAUGAGGUCCCUCUUUUCGGUCCUCCAGCGGACCGCAACGACGGCCUGGCAGCCCCCAACUGCCGCUGCCCUCCGCGGUCCUCGCGCGGCCUUCAAGCUCGAUUCGAUCUGCGCUCGUUGUCGUCGCCAGCAGGUCCGAUUCAACGGGAAUCAAGCGGGCGAUGAUCCGCGCUGGCUGUCCGUGGUAGAUAAUCCGUCACAGAUUGUUCGGACGGGGAACAAGCAUGGGCCGGGGUUGAUUAUCUUGGCUUUGAUUCCUAUUAUCUCGUUCGCAUUGGGAACCUGGCAGAUCCAGCGCCUGGACUGGAAGACCAAAAUUAUCGCCAAAUACGAAGACCGUCUAGUGAAGCCGCCUCUUCCGCUACCGCCGCAGAUAGACCCGAGUGCUGUUUCGGAGUUCGAUUAUCGCAAGGUCUACGCUACGGGUCGACUGAGACAUGACCAGGAGAUGUUGAUCGGGCCGCGCAUGCGGGAAGGCGAGGAUGGAUACAUGGUGGUGACGCCUUUGGAGAGAGGCGAGGGACAGAGCACCGUGCUGGUGAACCGGGGCUGGAUUUCCAAGAAGCUGAGGAACCAAAAGGAUCGAGCUGUUGGGCUGCCUCAGGAGGAGGUUACCGUGGAGGGAUUGCUGCGCGAGCCGUGGCAGAAGAAUAUGUUUACGCCGGAAAACAGGCCGGACAAGGGAGAGUUCUACUUUCCUGACGUCGAGCAGAUGGCCGAAUUGACUGGCAGCCAGCCGGUGUGGAUUGAGCAGACAAUGGUUCCGGAUAUGGUGGAGUUCUAUGAUCGAACAGCCAAGGGUAUUCCGAUCGGUCGCGCGGCUGAGGUGAACCUGAGAAACAACCACAGCCAGUACAUCUUCACAUGGUACGGAUUGUCUUUGGCAACCUCAAUCAUGCUGUGGAUGAUUAUCCGGAAGAGACCCAACGAGGCCACACGUCGGGUCCGCGCCAACCGGAACUGGUGAUUUACCCCUGUUCAGCUUUGUUGCGGGCGUUCGGUUUCGUUAGCUAGGUAGAUUUGUAUAAAAUGUAUAUUUCAUGGCGGCAUCGACAGUCUCAUAUCCUGCAAGAGUUCUUUGGGCAGAUGCUUUUGCGCCAGCGAGAACAUAGUGGUUGCAUUGUUUGUAUGGCGUUGUCUACGAUAUCAGCUUGGGUCAGAUCAGAUAGAGUAGGACUUCAAACUUACCUUCGAAUGAGAGCGGCCACAUCACACUCGUCGAUCGUCUUCCGUCCCGCGUGUUUGGAAUACGCAGC